UUGACGGUUCAAAAGAUGGGCAAAAGCCAAGCUUCAUUUAACAAUGCCGAUGAAGACUAUAUUGAUAUAGAGGUAAGCUCAUCCUCCAACUUCUUGUAUUACUCUAUAAGCUCUCCACCACAAAGCAAAGAGUUUGAGUUCCAAAUGUGUUCAGUUUCUCGAGAUGGAGAAAUUACCUCAACUUCCCCAGCUGAUGAGCUCUUCUACAAAGGAAAGCUCCUUCCCCUCCACCUCCCUCCUCGCUUGCAAAUGGUUCAGAAACUACUACAAAUUUCCAACAGUACUACAUUUGAGUGCAAAACUGAAGCGCCUUUUGAAGAAAAUCCUGCUGUUCCUUUCAUAACAAUCUCUGCUAUUCGUUCAACUAAUACAAGUACCCCAUUGGAAUCCUGCAGCAUCUCACCGACAGAAUCCUGCAGGGUGAGUAGUGAACUAAACCCGGAUGACUAUUUCUUUGAAUGGUCAACUGAACUGAAUGGCUUCAUUGGCAAUAAUUCGAAGAAGUCUUGGUCUAGAAAGCUCAAGCAGAUCAAGCAAUCCUCAAUAAGCCAAAAGCUCAAGGCAUCCCGGGCGUAUCUUAAGUCUUUGUUUAGUAAGUCUGCCUGUCCAAAUGAGUCUUGUGCCAAAGCAACAUGCAAUGCAGAAGCGGAAAAUGUUUCAGAGAGCAAAGAUUGUGUAAACAAGUACAUGGAAAUGGCAAAGAAGAACCCAUUUGGAAAGAUUGAUAAUGACAGAUACAAAAUAUCAAGUAUUAUUACGAGGAGCAUCGACAAGGAGUUGGUUGAGGAUGCUGCAAAUAGGCAUAGGAGAUCUUUUUCAGGGGUAAUUCAAAGGCAUUCUCCAACAAAGUCUUCAUCUACAUCUACAUCAACAUCUGGUUCCUCUUCUUCUUCAUCAUCUUUUUCAUUCAGUUCAAGCGGAUUCUGUGAUUUACAGUCGCUGAAAAGGAGCAACAGUGAGAAUUCAGAGAUUGAAAAUUCUAUUGAGGGAGCAAUUGCUCACUGUAAGCAGUCUCAAAAGCUGUCUAGCUCAAGAAAGACUGCAAGUGAACUUGGGGUUUGUUCACUUUCUGCUUCAAAGAUUUCAGUUAGUGGGGACCAAGAAACACCAGGACUUCGCAGCAUAUGAAUGUGAAAAUACUUUGGAAAAGACUGAAAAUCCAGUUCUUGUUACAUUCUUCAAAGUGAGUGUCAUUUUAAUCCAGUGUGAUAAUCAGAUACUUUGCAAACUUUUUCAGCACUGUUAGACAAGACCAAUUUGUUAAUGUUCCUAAAAUACUUUUCUGUGGAAGA